AUGGUCAACAAGUCGCCUUUCCAUAAUGGCUAUUGUUGUCAUUCUUCCAGACAUUUCUACCGGCCAGUUCGUUUUAGUCGUCCGUUGGACAAUAUAACAAUUUUCCAGGGAGGAGUUUCUUUUUAUGAAAAGAUAGAUCCCCUUCAAAGUUUCCAGGGAAUCCAUUCCAGCAGAAACUUUUAUAAUGAGAAUCUCAGACAGAGAACAUUGGGAAGGCCACACUCUUUAUUUUCAUCAUUUCUUUCCAGUAGCAACUUGCUUCACCCAAGAAACCUCGACAACCUUGGAUUCUCAGGCAACAAGUGCAAAACGUAUGAGCGUCAGCCAUUACUGAGAACGCAUUCUAGCUUCCAACCAAGCGAUGAUGAACUAACAAUUUCGGAAGUAGAUUCGUCUAUAUCUCCAGAUGAACCAAAUGAAGCUGCCUUAUCUGAAAGGGAUUCAGAGAAAGCACCCUCAUCAGCACAGUUUCCAAAACGCUGGGUGAUAGUUCUUCUAUGUUUUGCAGCAUUUCUCCUCUGCAACAUGGAUCGUGUAGGUUUUUAAUUUUCUUGUCUUCAAGCUUUUUAAGUGCUACGGAGUAUCUAAGAUUUAUUUUUUAUUCAGGUAAACAUGAGUAUUGCCAUCCUUCCGAUGUCAGCAGAAUUUAACUGGAAUCCUGCAACCGUGGGACUAAUCCAAUCGUCUUUUUUCUGGGGUUAUCUGCUUACUCAGGUUUGAAUCUUUCGUGACCAUCUGUAAUUGAAAUAUUGUCUCGUUUUGAGCACUUUUAUUUUACUUUUAGGCUUAUACUUGAGAAAGCAAGUUACUUUUAACAGAGGGGAAUUUCGCUCGUGUCAAAAAGGACCAUUUGUGCUCUUAUUAUUGUUGUAGCCAUUUGUUAAUCCCCUCUCUCUAUCAUCUUGACGUGAAGCACUUUCUUCAUGGUAACCUUUUCGAGGAAGCCUCCCCUAGCCUCUUCUAUGGUCUUCUGUUAACCCUGCAUAUUUGUCAUCUUCACAAGGCCAUAUAAAGACUUAAAUAUUCUCACCGCUGAUGGUUUGAGCGGUUCCAGUAAGGCCGUUCCUUAUUCCAAUUUCUGUGGGAAUGCCAAGGACUAUGUUGUCUUCAUGGUGUGUCAUUCUUCUUCUUCUUCUAUAUCUCGAUGGCAUAGUCAUCAAGGGUUAUCACUGUGGCGCUUCAGCUCGAGUUUCACCCUUAUCAUCAAGGGUUAUCACUGUGGGGCUAUAUCAAAUUCGGGCAUAAUCCGUUUUCUUUGAUGGCACUCCUUAGUCCUUUUUCUCGCCCUCUACUCACUCUUUGGUGUUGACAUAGUACCCUUCAUCAUUUUUUCUCUGUGUCAUCAAUUGUGCCUAUGAAGCUGUGUGUUUGUUCAUUUGUGCCUCAACUUGGGCCGAUGAUUCUAGUUAUCUUCUCUCUACUACAGGCUUCUGCAACUUUAGAUUAGACUGAAAGCAAUUUAAUUCCAUGCUUGACAAAGAUGUAGUGAAACUAUUUUCAGGAAUAACGAACAGAUGAGAAUAAAUUCUACUCAGAUUUAUGAACAGAAUAAUAGCAAAAUCGUCUCAUUUGUGGCAUUUUUUUGUCUCCGUGCGAGCUUAUAUUUAAUUCGUUGACAUUUAGGAAAGUUCUCUCUAGAUUUGAUGGCCAGUCUAUAUUGAAUUAUUUUCAUGUCAUUUUUAUGGCAGCACUAACCCUAUAAAUUAUGAUUUUUUUUGUUCAAGUAUUGUGUUUUAAUACCGAAUGUCUUUAUAUAGUGCAGAUCGUCGGAGGAAUAUGGGCAGAUAAGCUUGGUGGUAAGCUUGUUCUAGGUUUUGGGGUUGUUUGGUGGUCAGUAGCUACGGUUCUUACACCUAUUGCUGCUCGGUUUGGGCUCCCUUUCUUGCUCUUUGCUCGAGCUUUGAUGGGCAUUGGUGAGGUUAGCUUCUUAUUCUCUCGUAGUCAUAAUGAUGCUGGCCUUCGAGCUCAUUUUCUUAUAGGUUUUUUCUUUCUCGACUAUAAUUGAUAACUGUUUCUACUUUACCGCGCAGUAAAUAGGUUAUUAAUAAAAAAAUGAUAAAUGUAUUUUCCAUUGAAUGGCUAUUGAUCUGCUGAUAGUGUUCCAUACAUUGUGCUUUCACAACUGAUGUUCCAAAAUUUUCCGUUUGGUUUUUUUCUGGGAGUUCUGGACCUGUGUAAUGUCUCUUCUUACUUGGCCACAAUGUUUCUUUUCAUCUUCUUGACAGCGACUCUGUUCAUGAUACCUUGAAGAAAAAUUUUACGAUAAGUUUGAUUCAUGUUUCAAAAGUCCAACCAAAUAUUGUCGCAUUCUUGUAGCCUUGUUAUUGUAUUUUGAGCGUUGACAUUAGUAUCACGGUGCUCUGUUUUAUUCGUUUAUGAAAGAGAUGGUAUUUGUGAAAUUCAACCUCAUAUAUGGGCACAAUUCUCAUUGCUUCGUUUCUCACUUACUGGUUGUCUUCGAAUGCAUUUCCAAUUUAAUGUGGUAUUAUACAUCUCCAAUUUACUUUAAAAUUAUGCAAAAUAUGCUUUAUCAUUGUGGACAUUAGCUUAUUUCACUUCUUUAAACCUGGUUCUCUGAAUUACAGGGCGUUGCUAUGCCUGCCAUGAAUAAUUUACUCUCAAAAUGGAUCCCUGUAUCUGAGAGAAGUCGAUCACUUGCUCUGGUGUACAGUGGCAUGUACCUUGGUUCUGUCACUGGGUUGGCUUUCUCUCCCAUUCUCAUUGAUAAGUUCGGAUGGCCUUCUGUCUUCUACUCUUUUGGCUCUCUGGGAAGCCUCUGGUUUGCAUUGUGGCAGAGUAAGGUAAAAUCCAUCAGUGUUCUUGACUUUUAAUCCUUACUGCUCAACUUUCUAUUUCCCUUUUCUUUUCUUUUCUUUUUUUGGUGUGAAACGGACAGUGAUUCCUCAAUGUUCAGUUUGUAGCUCAUAUUUGUGCAUGUCAUAUUCGAUUUCUUUCCAUAGACCAGAAAGUAUAUCACUGCAUAUGAUAUCUCCAUUUUUACCUCGAGAGACUCAUAGGAUGUCUGUCCACAACUGAAUCUUCCUCAAUGACACGUCUCCUCUCAUGAGACUAACACAUUGUAAAGCACUUUUUAUGAUGUUCACGGCAUUUUGUUAUAUCAGCGUGUCUCCGUGCAUUUCUAACCUGUCCCUGUUGUCUAUUAGGCGUACAGCUCUCCUCGAGAGGACCCAGAAAUUUCCGAAAACGAGAAGAAGCUUAUUUUAGGUGCUAAUCUGUCGAAGGAUCCUGCUUCAGAUAUUCCGUGGAGAUUAAUUCUAUCAAAAGCUCCUGUCUGGGCUCUUAUCAUCUCUCACUUCUGCCAUAAUUGGGGCACAUUCAUUCUCCUUACAUGGAUGCCCACAUAUUACAACCAGGUAAAGUACUGUCUGUUGCUAUGCCUAUGCGUGGACGGUGUCCACUGUCAUGCUCCCAUCGCGGGGGUCCACUGAACGAAUCUGAGGAGAUCCAGGAAGGCUUAUUAAAUAGGUUUUUUUUCGGCUGGUUGACGAUCCAGCGUCCCAAAUCAACAUAAGGUUGGGUUCGGUGGCGGGAAAGGGGUUCCUGAGGUCACUCGGGAAGACAUAAUUUAUAAAGGGAAACAAUUAUAAUCCGUUUUGACUUCAGUCUGAUUCUCAAGUGUUUCCCAUCAUCUUUUCUUUUCUGCUGAAAUGAAAAUGGAAAUUUUUAUUUGCAUGUUUAUCUAAAAAUUAUGUAUAAUUUAUAGAAAAACAUAUAGUCUCCCAUUCACUUUAAUAUGGAGAAGUUAUAAAAAGAAACAAUCAUAGUCCGUUUUCACGUCAGUCUGAUUGCUUAAGAGUUUCCCAUCAGCUUUGCUUUUCUUUUGAAAUGAAAAUGAAAUUGUUCUUUGCAUGUUUUUUCUAUAAAUUAUUUAUAAUAUAUCGUCAAAAAGCAGUCGUCUCAGAGAUCUUCUGCCUUCAUCCUGGAUUCCUGUUUCUCAUUCUAGGACAGCAGGCAAGUGUCGUGGUAUCAAUCUGAACUGUAUUCAAAUCCUCUGUUCUACUAGCGUUCAUCUUUUUUCUUGGAUACCUUCAUCAGUUUCACCUUUGUUAGCCACCUGUCCGAGGGUGGCACUUUGCCUGCCCCUGCCACUUCUCAGCUUCCCUCUGUGAAUGGUUCCAUGUAUAUCUCUCAGACGGCCGAGAUUUCUGUGAAUUUUAGUGGUUUUAGAAAAGCUAUUGAUAUACAUAUCAUUAUUAUUUUUUAGAUUCUCAAAACAGAGUAAUAAAGAAACUUCAUUCUUCGCAGUGAUGCAAAAAACUCUCCUCUUUCGAGUGUUUGCAUGUCCAUGUUUCUAGGAUUUUAAAUGAUUUCGAAGUCCAAAGUGUCUGAAAGCUUUUGUGGUCCUUGAGGAGUGGAGAACACCUGGUCAAUGGUAACCAUUAGAUUUCAAUGGGAACUCCUAAAAGAGGGCUCCUCGUCAUAUAUCCCUGCACAUCCCCCUCGUGGUUUUCCUGAUUGAAUCAAAAUUCACAGUGCUCCGUAUGAUAUCUAGAUUUGUAUACAAGAUUACCAUUGACCAAGCUCGCUAUUGCUUAAGCUUCAUCUGCAUGAUCCCUCCACGGCAACCUUGGUUCAUAAUAUGGGUACAGUUCAAGUGCUUGGUUAGGCUUAGGCUCAAUAGUUUGGGUACAGGCGAAAUUUAUGGACGGCAGAGUCGAGCUGGAUGAAGCUCCUACCUGUGAUCCAUACUCGAACUUGUGCUCAAUCCCUCUAUGAACUUGUUCAUCUUUAUAUGAUGUUAAGCAUUGAUAUAAAUAGAGCCCUCGAAUCAUAGGUUUCUGACGCAGCAUUGUUAUUAUUAGAGCUUUCUGUGACUCUUAAUGCUUUUUUCUUCAUUAUCCGUCUGCAUGCACAGACGCUCAUCUCGGUGAAUUUGCGCAGGUAUUGAAGUUUAAUCUGACUGAGUCUGGACUAUUCUGUGUUCUACCAUGGUUGACCAUGGCUGUGUUUGCAAACAUAGGGGGUUGGAUUGCAGAUACUCUUGUCCAGAAAGGGUUGUCCAUAACCACGGUUCGGAAGGUAAACACCCCCCCCCCCCCCCCCCUCUUCAAGGCUGCUUACAACUCUUCCCGUUGACUCGGUGCUCAACAUGGCCUCUAUGAAGAAUCUUCUUCUUGACUUUCCCGUUGACUGAUGAAGACUCUCCCAAACAACGCUCCACGGGUUUAUUUUCAGCUGUACAUAAAUUCUUACUCUGGCUGGGCUUCACUUGUCGCAGAUUAUGCAGUCGAUUGGGUUUCUUGGGCCGGCGUUCUUCCUCACCCAGCUGGGCCGUGUCCGUACUCCGGCCAUGGCGGUGCUCUGCAUGGCCUGCAGCCAGGUGCUCCUCCUCCUCCUCCUCCUCCUCCUCCUCCUCCUCCGGCUAUGAACCCUCAAUUCUCAUCUCUUUACGCUGCGAUGGGCCGAGUCACCGAAGCCCGGGUUUGCUUCUUACCUUCACCGGCCCUUUCGACCUGCAGGGCAGCGACGCCUUCUCGCAGUCUGGUCUGUAUUCGAACCACCAGGACAUCGGGCCCCGCUACGCCGUAAGAGCGCAUCUUUACUGUGAUUUAAUGCAAGUUUAGAUGGAAUGGCUUCAUAUCGGUUGCUCCUCCCUGUAGGGAGUGCUGCUGGGGCUGUCCAACACGGCCGGAGUGUUGGCCGGCGUCUUCGGCACCGCCGCCACCGGAUACAUCCUCCAACGAGGCACGCCGACGAGCUUCUCCCUCUCUGCCCCUCUUCUCAUAUAAUUGUUUCCCGAUUUGGGGCUGAAUGCGUUUUCGCCCUCCCAGGUUCCUGGAACGACGUCUUUAAGGUGGCCGUGGCCCUGUACCUCGUGGGAACUCUGGUUUGGAACCUGUUCUCAACUGGGGAGAAGAUUCUCGACUGA